CCCUGACACGGCGCAGGAGCAAGCUUGGAGCAAGCACCUCAUUCUCCAUACCUCAUACAUAUACCUCAUUCUUUUUCCCUCGACAUUCUUAAUACUCCACAUGUCGAGCUUUCCCGAUUACUAUGCGCUGCUCAACGUUUCAAAGACGGCCACCCCCGAGGAGAUCAGACAGGCUUAUAAAAGGGAGUCACUCAGGACUCAUCCGGAUAGAUUUUCCAAUGCCACUGAAACCGAGAGAAAGACGGCGACAGAAAAGUUCCAAGCUGUAGCCGAUGCCUACUAUGUUCUAUCGGAUCCAGCGCGACGGAAAGAAUAUGAUGUACUAUUCUCCUCGAAGCGGGCUGGGGAUAAAACCAGUGACCCCAAGGCGUCUUCGAGUUUCUUCACGCAAUUUGCCAGCAUGUUUGGAGGUGCAGGUGCAGCACCAGCUCAGGGGCCGAGACCUGAUGCUGAGAACGUGUUUGCGGACGUCUUUGAAGAGCUGCUCCGUCCAGAGGUCGAACGUCAUGCGCCAUGGUGGUCAUACAUUGGCGCCGUUUGUGGUGGUGGAAUGGGAUUCAUAGUCGCCAAUCUGCCAGGUCUCAUGAUAGGCGCAUAUGCAGGUAACCGCGUCGGUGCGAUACGUGAUGCCAAAGGUAAGAGUGUUGCUGCGGUAUUCUCUGAACUCGGAGGUAGCCAGAAGGCCGAGAUCUUGCGCGCUUUAGCUGCGAAGGUGCUAGGUGCCACUAUGCAAUAAACACGUCAUAGUAUGCGUCGUACCUAUGUUCUGCUCUAUAUUUAUGUUUAGGAACCCCGGGUCAUGUACUUUGUUAGUGCACUGUAUCGUUAGAUUGUUUUACCCUCAA